AUGUCUGAAAAAAAGACUUUAGACGUAUCUUCAAUCAACUCAAUUGAUCCAUCAAAUGACAAUUCUGCUAAUUCCACUAAUUCUGAGAACUUACAUGAAUAUCAUGGGUUCGAUCAAACUGCUGAAGAAGAAAUUAGAGAAUUAGCAAGAACUUUAACUAUUCAAAGUGUUAACAAUGCCUCAGUUCACGAAUCAAUCAAUGAACUGGAAAAUCAAUCAAUUUUUACUCCAGAAAUGGAAGGUAUCAACCCAGUGUUUACUAAUCCAGCUAAUCCAGGUUACAACCCCAAAUUAGAUCCCGUCUCUGAAGAUUUCUCUUCCAAGGCUUGGGUCCAAAAUAUGGCAAACAUCUCUCUAGCAGAUCCAGAUUUUUACAAGCCAUAUUCUCUUGGUUGUGUUUGGAAAAACUUGAGUGCAUCCGGUGAAUCAUCUGAUGUCGCAUACCAAUCAACUUUCUUGAACAUGCCAUACAAAAUAUUAAGUACAGGUUACAGAAAAUUAAAGUCUUCCAAGACCGAGGACAGAUUCGAAAUCUUGAAGCCAAUGGAUGGUUGUUUAAAUCCAGGUGAAUUAUUAGUCGUCUUGGGUAGACCAGGGUCCGGUUGUACCACUUUAUUGAAAUCCAUCUCUUCAAACACACAUGGUUUCAAGAUCAGUGAUGAAUCGACUAUCUCAUACAGUGGGUUGACACCAAAGGAAGUAAAGAGACAUUACCGUGGUGAAGUCGUUUAUAACGCAGAAGCUGAUAUCCAUUUACCACAUUUAACUGUUUUCCAAACUCUAUACACAGUCGCCAGAUUAAAGACUCCAACUAACCGUAUUAAAGGUGUUGACAGAGACACUUUUGCAAGACAUAUGACUGAAGUCGCUAUGGCUACAUAUGGGUUAUCACACACAAGAAAUACUAAAGUCGGUAACGAUUUAGUUAGAGGUGUUUCCGGUGGUGAAAGAAAGCGUGUUUCCAUCGCUGAAGUUUCCAUUUGUGGGUCCAAGUUCCAAUGUUGGGAUAAUGCCACUAGAGGUUUAGAUUCUGCAACCGCUUUAGAAUUUAUUCGUGCUUUGAAAACUCAAGCUACCAUCUCCAACUCCGCUGCCACUGUGGCUAUCUACCAAUGUUCUCAAGAUGCUUAUGAUCUAUUUGAUAAGGUUUGUGUCUUGGACGGUGGUUAUCAAUUAUACUAUGGUCCUGGUAACAAGGCUAAAAAAUAUUUCCAAGAUAUGGGGUAUCUAUGUCCAGAAAGACAAACCACUGCUGAUUUCUUAACAUCCGUGACCAGUCCAGCUGAAAGAGUCAUCAACCCAGAAUUUAUCAAGAAGGGUAUUAAGGUUCCACAAACUCCAAAGGAUAUGGGUGAUUAUUGGUUAAAUUCUCAAAAUUACAAGGAAUUAAUGACUGAAAUUGAUCGUAAACUAAGUGAAAACGUCGAAGAAAGUCGUGAAACCAUCAGAGGAGCUCAUGUUGCUAAACAAUCAAAGAGAGCAAGACCAUCAUCUCCUUACACUGUCAGUUAUGGGUUACAAGUUAAAUAUCUUCUAGAAAGAAAUUUCUGGAGAAUACGAAAUAAUGCAUCCAUUAGUUUGUUUAUGAUCUUCGGUAAUAGUUCCAUGGCUUUCAUUUUAGGUUCCAUGUUUUACAAAGUUAUGAGGAAAGGUGAUACCUCAACAUUUUAUUUCCGUGGUGCAGCUAUGUUCUUCGCCAUUUUGUUUAACGCAUUCUCAUGUCUAUUAGAAAUUUUCUCCCUAUAUGAAGCAAGACCAAUUACUGAAAAGCAUAGAACAUAUUCUCUUUAUCAUCCAAGUGCAGAUGCAUUCGCAUCCAUUAUCUCCGAAAUUCCAACCAAAUUUUGUAUCGCUGUUUGUUUCAACAUUAUCUUCUAUUUCCUUGUGAACUUCAGAAUGAAUGGUGGUGUUUUCUUCUUUUAUCUAUUAAUGAAUGUCGUCGGUGUCUUCUGUAUGUCCCAUAUGUUUAGAUGUGUCGGUUCUUUAACUAAAUCACUAUCAGAAGCUAUGGUGCCUGCAUCAAUGUUGUUACUAGCCCUAUCCAUGUAUACUGGUUUUGCAAUCCCAAAAAAGAAGAUGUUACGUUGGUCAAGAUGGAUCUGGUACAUUAAUCCAUUAUCUUACUUAUUUGAGUCUCUAAUGAUUAAUGAAUUCCAUGAUGUUAAAUACCCAUGUGCACAAUAUAUUCCAUUUGGUCCUGCUUAUGCUAACAUCUCUGGUACUGAAAGAGUUUGUUCCGCUGUGGGUGCUGUCCCAGGUCAAGCUUACAUUUUAGGUGACGAUUAUAUUAAGGAAAGUUAUGGUUACAAGCAUAGUGAGAAAUGGCGUUCCCUUGGUAUUGGUUUGGCUUAUGCUAUCUUCUUCUUAGGUGUUUACUUGUUCCUUUGUGAAUAUAAUGAAGGUGCGAAGCAAGCUGGUGAAAUUUUAGUCUUCCCACGUAGUGUUAUUAAACGUUUAAAGAAAGAAGGUAAAUUGAGAGAAAAGAAUACUGCCGAAGAUAUCGAAAUGGCUGCUGAUACUAGUGUCACUGAUAAACAAUUACUCUCUUCCGAUGAAAUGGCUGAAGAAAGUGGUGCCAAUAUUGGGUUAAGUAAAUCUGAAGCCAUCUUCCAUUGGAGAAACUUAUGUUAUGAUGUUCAAAUUAAGGAUGAAACAAGACGUAUCUUAAACAAUGUCGAUGGUUGGGUUAAGCCUGGUACUUUGACUGCCUUAAUGGGUGCCUCUGGUGCUGGUAAGACUACUUUAUUAGAUUGUUUAGCUGAAAGAGUUACUAUGGGUGUUAUUACAGGUGAUGUUUUGGUUAAUGGUCGCCCUCGUGAUCAAUCUUUCCCAAGAUCUAUUGGUUACUGUCAACAACAAGAUUUACAUUUGAAGACUUCCACUGUUAGAGAGUCUUUGAGAUUUUCUGCUUACUUGCGUCAACCAGCUGAUGUUUCCAUUGAGGAAAAGAACCAAUACGUGGAAGAUGUUAUUAAGAUUUUAGAAAUGGAAGCGUAUGCUGAUGCUGUUGUCGGUGUUGCCGGUGAAGGUUUGAAUGUUGAACAAAGAAAGAGAUUAACUAUUGGUGUUGAAUUGACUGCCAAACCAAAAUUAUUGGUUUUCCUUGAUGAACCAACCUCUGGUUUAGAUUCCCAAACUGCUUGGUCUAUUUGUCAAUUGAUGAAAAAAUUGGCUGAUCAUGGUCAAGCUAUUUUGUGUACUAUCCAUCAACCCUCUGCUAUUUUGAUGCAAGAAUUUGACCGUCUAUUGUUUAUGCAACGUGGUGGUAGAACUGUUUAUUUCGGUGAUUUAGGUAAAGGUUGUCAAACUAUGAUUGAUUAUUUUGAAAGAAAUGGUUCUCACCCUUGUCCUGCUGAUGCCAAUCCUGCUGAAUGGAUGUUGGAAGUUGUCGGUGCUGCCCCAGGUUCUCAUGCCAACCAAGAUUACCAUGAAGUUUGGAGAAACUCUGCUGAAUACAAGGCUGUCCAAGAAGAAUUAGAUUGGAUGGCUCAAGAACUUCCAAAGAAACAAGUUGAAGAAUCUGCUGCUGAUCAAAGAGAAUUUGCCACUUCUGUUCCAUAUCAAGCCAAGAUUGUCAGUAUUCGUCUUUUUGAACAAUACUGGAGAUCUCCAGAAUAUUUAUGGUCCAAGUUUAUCUUGACUAUUUUCAAUCAAUUGUUUAUCGGUUUCACUUUCUUCAAGGCUGACACAUCUUUACAAGGUCUACAAAACCAAAUGUUGUCCAUCUUCAUGUUUGUCUGUAUUUUCAAUCCAAUUUUGCAACAAUAUUUACCAUCUUUCGUUCAACAAAGAGAUUUGUAUGAAGCUAGAGAACGUCCAUCAAGAACAUUUUCCUGGAAGGCAUUUAUCUUCUCCCAAAUUGUUGUUGAAGUUCCAUGGAAUUUAUUAGCUGGUACUUUAGCUUUCUUCAUUUACUACUAUCCAAUUGGUUUCUACGCUAAUGCUUCUGCUGCUGGUCAAUUACAUGAAAGAGGUGCUCUUUUCUGGUUAUUCUCCUGUGCUUUCUACGUUUAUGUUGGUUCCAUGGGUUUAGCUGCUAUUUCUUUCAAUCAAUUAGCCGAAAAUGCUGCCAAUUUAGCCUCUUUGUUGUUUACUAUGUCUUUAUCUUUCUGUGGUGUUAUGACUACUCCAGGUGCUAUGCCAAGAUUCUGGAUUUUCAUGUACAGAGUAUCUCCAUUAACUUAUUUCAUUGAUGCUACUUUAGCUGUUGGUGUUGCCAACGUUGAUGUUCACUGUUCUGAUUAUGAAUUACUAAGAUUUACUCCAGCUUCAGGUAUGACUUGUGGUGAAUAUAUGACACCAUACAUGGAAAUGAUGGGUACUGGUUAUUUGAAAGACUCUUCCGCUACUGAUCAAUGUGAAUUCUGUACCGUCUCUCACACUAAUGAAUAUUUGUCCCAAGUUAAUUCGUCCUAUUCUAGGAGGUGGAGAAACUAUGGUAUUUUCAUCUGUUACAUUGCCAUUAAUUACAUCUUUGCUGUUCUCUUCUAUUACAUGGCUAGAGUUCCAAAGAAUAAGGGUAAGAGUAGCAGUAAGGGCUUUUUAUCCAAGUUCAAGAAAUAA